GGAGCCCGAGGAGACUGCCGCGCACCUUCCGGGGGUGGACAUCGGAGGAGCGACAGCCGCCGCCGCCGCCCCCAGCUGUGCGCCUUUUGGAAAACAUCAAAUGCUGUGAUAACUGCAUGGAUUGCGUGUGAACAUGAGACUCUAACUGGAAGUUCAGAAGCUCAGCCACUUCACCUUACACUUUUUACUAUUUGUUUACAAUGGAGAUCAAGGAAGAGAAAAAAGAACGAAGACAAGGCUAUUUUGCCCGUUUGAAGAAAAAGAGGCUAGCUAAGCAAAAUUCAGAGGCAGCCUCCUCAAAUGCUUGUGGGAUCCCCACAGGUAGAACUCAGACUGGAAGAGAUGAUGGAAGUAAAGCUGUUCUGGUGCAGACCAAUGGCUCCCAAGAAAACAGCAAAAAGUCUGGGGAAAAGGAGGACUUGGAGAAAAAAAAGAAAAAAAGCAGUCAGCCAAAGGAUAUUAGGCGCACAGAUCUUAAGCGAUACUAUAGUAUUGAGGACAAUCGAACCAAAACCAAUGAGAAGAAAGAAAAGAAAAUGAUCUCUCAGAAGCCACAUGGUACAAUAGAAUACACGGCUGGAAGCCAAGAUACUCUAAACAGCAUAGCUCUGAAGUUUAACAUCACUCCAAAUAAACUUGUGGAACUCAACAGGCUCUUCACACACACAAUUGUUCCGGGCCAGGUUCUGUAUGUGCCAGAUAGUGAGCCUCUUUCUGCUGCUGCGAAACUAGCUUCUUCAAGCCCUGGCGCUACUGUUUCACCUUCCUCAUCAGAUGCUGAGUAUGAUAAACUUCCGGAUGCUGACUUAGCAAGAAGGGUUUGCAGACCAAUCCAAAGAGUCCUGUCUUCCACCUCAGAGGAAGAUGAGCCAGUUGUUGUCAAGUUUUUGAAAAUGAACUGUCGAUACUUCACAGAUGGCAAGGGUGUGGUAGGAGGGGUCAUGAUAGUCACUCCCAACACCAUCAUGUUUGAUCCUCACAAAUCAGACCCUCUGGUAAUUGAGAAUGGCUGCGAAGAGUACGGGCUCAUUUGCCCCAUGGAUGAGGUUGUUUCGAUUGCACUCUACAACGAUAUCUCUCACAUGAAGAUUAAAGAUGCCCUGCCAUCCGACAUUCCAAAGGAUCUUUGUCCUUUGUACAGGCCUGGUGAGUGGGAAGACCUUGCUUCUGAGAAGGAUAUCAACCCUUUCAGCAAAUUUAAAUCCAUAAACAAGGAGAAGAAGAAGCCCAAAGCGGACAACUUUGUCACCCUGAAUUCCACACCAAUAAAGCCCAUGGAGAAGGAGAAAUCUACAGAUCUUGAACUUAAACCUCCUGAAAGUUCUUCCUUGGUGACCUCCAAGUCGGAGGAAAAACAAAGGGACUCCAACACUCCUGAGCCUUCAAAAAGGGUGGCUUUGGAAUGUACCACGGAACAUUCUGUAGAGAGUGUUAGUCUGGACCUAUCCAAAGAUAAUUCCCUUCUGGAAGAAGAUGGUUUUAUUGAACUGGAAGAGACUUCAUCACAGACUGAUAGCAAAGUAAAGAGCAGAGAUGUCGGAACAGUUGGUGUUCCCAAUGACUCUAAAAUGAGAAAGGAAGUUUGGUUGCAAGCAACAAAUAAAGAAAAUUGUGACCAAUCGGUGUUGGAUUCAUCAGGGACAAAGCAUGAAGUUCUUAAAGAUGUCCUUGAUUUAGAGUCCUGUGAGAAGCUAGAUGUGGUGCCUGAAAUAAACAAGGGGGGUAGUUCGCCAACAAAUAAGGUGGAAACAACUCUGGAUGCAAAUAAGGAGCUGAAUAAAGACAAACUUAUUGAAUUUUACCUCAGUAAAGAUAAGGAUGAGCCACAGACUACUGAUGACUUAUGUAAGGCCAACAUCAAGGAAGAGGGGAACAGUAUACCAGGAGGCAUAGACCUCACCCUUAGCUCUUCACAUUCCCAAGCCAAUAAAUUUGUGAAAGGCAAAAGAGCAGGGCCCGAUUUGUGUUCUAAUGGAAGGAAAGAGGCAUCGUCAGAAGUUGGCGCAACAGCAGAGAAAAAUGACCAUGAAGGAUCAAUAGCCUCUUCAUUGCCAUCUCAGCUAGAUAAUAAGUCUGAAAUCAGACUCUGGCUGCUGCAGAGAAUCCAAGUGCCCAUUGAAGAUAUGCUUCCUUCAAAGGAAGAGAAAAGCAAGUCCCCUCCGAUGUUUCUGUGCAUCAAAGUGGGCAAACCUAUGAGGAAGUCCUUUACUUCUCAAAGCUCCACAAUGGCUCAGCAAUAUAGUAAAAGAAGAAAGCAACCAGAGUACUGGUUUGCUGUUCCACGAGAAAGGGUAGAUCACCUGUAUACCUUCUUUGUACAGUGGUCACCAGAUGUGUAUGGCAAAGAUGCUAAAGAACAGGGCUUUGUUGUGGUGGAAAAGGAGGAGCUUGACAUGAUAGACAACUUCUUCAGUGAACCCUCAACAAAAAGCUGGGAGAUUAUUACUGUAGAAGAGGCAAAACGGCGAAAGAGCAUUUGCAGCUAUUGUGAAGAAGAUGAUCGAUGCAGUGAAGAAGAUGAAGAUGCUUUGCCUGUCUUAAAAAACCAGAGUGUGCUCUUAGAAAAUAUGCAUAUAGAACAGCUCGCCCAGUGCCUGCCAGCAAGGGUUCAGGGAUAUCCCUGGAGGCUAGUCUACAGCACACAAGAACAUGGAACCAGCUUGAAAACACUGUAUCGUAAAUCGGCAUCUCUUGAUAGCCCUGUCCUGCUUGUCAUCAAAGACAUGGACAAUCAGGUUUUUGGGGCUUAUGCAACGCAUCCCUUCCACUUCAGUGAUCACUAUUAUGGCACUGGAGAAACUUUCCUAUACACAUUUGAUCCUCUUUUCAAGGUCUUUAAGUGGAGUGGAGAAAACACCUACUUUAUCAACGGAGAUGUAACUUCCUUAGAACUUGGUGGUGGAGAUGGCAGGUUUGGUUUAUGGCUAGAUGCUGAUUUAUAUCAUGGUCGGAGCAAUUGUUGCAGCACAUUCAAUAAUGAUAUCUUAUCCAAAAAAGAAGACUUUGUCAUACAAGAUGUGGAAGUAUGGACAUUUGAGUGAUGUACACGCUGCCUUAAAAAGUUUACUGAGCACUCAAUGGAUGUUGAAUAUUGGAAUGUAGACUGCCUCACAAUAGAACAUGCUUCUCCUGCCCAUGAAAUCUGAUCACAGCCUGGCUGCACAAGAAGAUUUUAGGUCAAAAAGUGGAAAGACUUAAUUGCAUUUUUAAAAACGACCUUGUUAAUGUCGUAUUUCCGCCCUGCCGGUGAUCUUACAGCAUGGAUGCAAGAUGUUUAUGGAAGGCAUUUGCGAUAUACAAGUUUGUUUAAAGCAGUCUCGUUAUUUUUUGUAACUGUGAAAGAAUACUGGUGGAAAAACAUAGACCUGUAUAGUACAUUCCAUGUGUAUUUUUAUUCUGCUUACAUGAAAACCAAAAAGAAGUAAAAGUUGGGUUAGCAAAUUCUACAGCGUAUAGCGAUGGUUUCCAUGAGAAAGGGGUUUAGUCUUUCAAAUGAGUAUACAGCACUUAAAGGGAGCAUUUUUAAAGGAACGUAUUUAUUGUUUGUAUAGUACAUUUUUAUGAAAUGUAGUAGGCAUGUUUUUUUCUUUUAAUAUUUUUAUUUCAAAAUUUGCUAGGAAGAUUUAUUGACUGAAGUAAAUGUCUUAAGCGGUGGUGAUGAAUCAUUUCAUUUCUUAGGUAUUUUUAUACUUUGCUAGUUUUUUUAAUUUUUGUAAAAGACUUCUUUGUUCCUUUGUUCUUAUUAUUUUAGGAAUCUUGUUUUUGGGCAGAACACAUUACUUUGGAUUGUUGGAAAGCAGUGAAUUGUCAGUUUCCAUUAUCAAACACAGCUGUCUGGUUGUGUGCUGGAGACAGAUCCUCUUUUUAACAGGCUUAACAAUAAAGAAAUACUUUUUGAAACAGUGGCAUUGUUAUGGGGCAAAAAAACCAGAUUCUUAAACUGUGCCCUAUAAAUUAUUUGAAACUCUUUGUCAGAGAAAACUAUUAGUGUCAUACCAGACUAGCUUUGCCCUUCUUUUUUUUCUUGGAAAACGUUCUCUUUCUUGAAUAAGAGUUGAACCCUGUGGUUGCAUUCUGCUUUUUAAACAGUCACUUUUCUUUCUGCUUUUUUAUGACAUAACGAAGCAGUACUUGAGAGCACUGGGUCCAAAUUCAGUAAGAAA